UUCAAAACACCAGUCAUUUUGUGCCUCAAAGAAGUGACGGCACAAAAUGGAAGAGACCCAAAGAGGCCACCUCCUUGCAGCUAUUUCCUUCACGUUUAUACAUAUACUCCAAAUUUGAAGAAGUGGUUUUACACUACAGUUGUGACGGAUCCCUGAGAGAGCCACCUGCAGACUCAGACCUUGACUCCUGGAAACAGAAGGCUUUGCCAGGGCAAGGUGGUCAUGCACCAGCUAAUCCCUCCAGCCUGCAGAAGCCAAAUGCUUGCUCUCAUUCUUACAGUGGCAUCUGUUGUUGUGAUAAGCCCAUGUACAUCUGAGAUUACAUGCCUUUUAAUCAAGCACAACAAUAAACUGACAAGACGAUUGGAUUCUUCGCCUUUGCAUGAGAUCCAAAGUAAUGUUCAAGACCUCAAUUGUUCUUGGAAUUCUCAAAGCACUGGGAACAUUUCUGAAGCAAAAUAUGUAGAAGUUGGUGUGCUUGAAACUAUUGAAAUACAGACAAUACUAAAUAUUACAGGGAACAUCUCCUGUCUUUGGGUUUUUAAGGAGUCAAAGACUGACUGCAAUAUCUCUCUGGAUUCAGACAACCGGCAUGUUGUUUCAGUGGAGUUUCCAAAGAUUCGAGAGAAGCUGGCUGGAAAUCACACACUGUCAAUUAAAACUAAAACCAAUUACUACACAGUAACAUUUAUACUUCAUAUCAAACGAGGUCCAAGAAAACCAUAUUUCGUAACAAAUAAGCAUUCAAGCACUGUCAGCUGCGUAUCAGAAGGACACCCUGAACCAGUUUUUGAAUGGCUGUCUUGCAAUGUUCCUGAUGAAGGCUGCAGAAGAAAUGAUUCCUCCUCAAAUGCAGUCCUGCACAGAUUACAGGGGGCACAGCUGAAACUAAGUGAAGAUUUGCUUAUUGAUCCACAUGUGUGGUGCUGUGCAGUCAAUGAGAUGGGCCAUGCAUGCACGGAACUCUAUACAAUAGAUUUAGACAUACCAUUGGGAGGCCCUCAGAAAGAAUUCUUUGUUAAAGUUGGAGAUCCACUGUUCUUAAGAUGUAGAGCCACCUAUAGCAAUUAUAACUUUGGAAUUAAAUGGUAUUUUGACAACAAACAAUUAGCAAAGAACAUGAUACUUGAUGAAAGUUGGAAUCUGGGCGCAUAUUGGAUUAGGAACAAGUAUGCAUUUGUUUCAUCAGUGGAACAACAUAGUCAUGGACUUUAUACAUGUCAUUCCAAAAACCUUAACAGAAAUCAAACCAUUAUGGUUACAGUUUUAGGUAGAGGAUUUAUCAAUAUCACUGAUUUAAAGGAAGAUUUUGAAGUUGGCCCAAAGGAAACCAUUUGCCUUGAAAUUAAACUGGAAGCAUAUCCAGCAAUUACAUGCAUCUGGAUGUUUUCCCAAAAGUCGUUUCCAUGCAAGCAGCAUUACACUGACAGUUACAGCAUCUCUGCAAGGUUGUGUGACCAUAAAUACCAACCAGGUGAAUAUGUGUUCUACGCGGAAAAUGGUGAUUUUUGUGUAAGCAGAACAUUAAAGCUUCAUGUGAAACGUGAGCCUAAUGUAACAAUGCAUUCUACCCCAACUGAGAUUUCUUGCAUCUCCGAGAGUAAUCCUGCAUCAUCUUGGAUCUGGAGGGAGUGUCCUGAAAAAGAUAUAAACUGUACAGAAAUCACAGAUGGAAUUUCCAGUGACAAACGUGAAGGAAAUGCCUUUGGUCCUUGGAUCUCAGAGAGCACUUUAAAUACAAUGAAAGUACGAGCUGGAUCUUUGAUUGAGUGCUGUGCAAACAAUUCAGUUGGUUCAUCCUGCCGAACCAAUUUUGUUAAAACAAGAGGAGUUGCAUUAGAUCCACCAGAUAACAAUGCGUUCUAUGGAACUAUCGGAUCCUGUUCCCUGAUCAUCGCUGUGUUGUGUGUAUUAAUUUGCCAAAACUACCGAAAGCAAUCUAGGUAUGAAAGUCAACUACAAAUGAUACAGAUGGUUGGCCCUUCCGAUAACGAAUACGUCUAUGUUGACUUCAGUGAAUUUGAGUAUGAUAUAAAGUGGGAAUUCCCCCGAGAGAAUCUGGAACUUGGGCAAGUGCUUGGCUCUGGCGCCUUUGGAAAAGUGGUGAAUGCGACAGCCUACGGGAUUAGUGAACCAGGAGUGCCAGCUCAAGUUGCAGUCAAAAUGCUCAAAGAAAAACACAGCUCUUCUGAGAAAGAAGCCUUAAUGUCUGAGCUCAAAAUGAUGACUCACAUUGGAAGUCAUGAAAACAUUGUGAAUCUGUUAGGUGCUUGCACUGCGUCAGGACCGAUUUACUUGAUUUUUGAAUACUGUUGCCAUGGAGACCUCUUGAACUACUUACGAAGCAGAAGAGACAGGUUCCACAAGACAUGGAACGAUAUCUUCAGACAACACUCUUUCAGUUUUUACCACAAUUUCUCAGGACACAUGGCCUCAAGAAAUGGAAGCGUAAUUAAAAAUGGCUCGUAUAUACCAUUGGAUGACCUUGGAAGCACUGAUACAAAACAGAACUUAGAUUUGGGCUAUAAGCUGUCUGGAAUUGCCCUAAUGUUGGAGGAAGAAGAAAUGAAAUACAUGAACAGGAGAGUGGAUGAUGAGGAGGAGGACUUCAAUGUGCUGACUUUUGAAGACCUUCUUUGCUUCUCAUGUCAAGUCGCCAAAGGAAUGGAGUUUCUGGAGUCAAAAUCAUGUGUUCACAGAGAUCUGGCUGCCAGGAAUAUACUAAUAACUCAUGGAAAAGUGGCAAAAAUCUGUGACUUUGGGCUUGCGAGGGAUAUCGUGAACGACUCAAACUACGUGAUCAGAGGGAAUGCUCGUUUACCUGUGAAAUGGAUGGCACCUGAAAGCUUAUUUGAAGGGAUAUACACAAUUAAGAGUGACGUCUGGUCUUUUGGAAUCUUACUGUGGGAAAUAUUCUCUCUUGGUGUCAAUCCUUACCCUGGAAUGCAAGUUGAUGCAAACUUCUACAAACUGAUUCAAAGAGGGUUUAAGAUGGAGUGUCCAUUUUAUGGUACAGAAGAAAUAUAUUUAGUGCUGUGCUCCUGCUGGGCCCUGGAUUCCCGAAAAAGACCAUCCUUUUCACAGCUGCUUUCCCUUCUGGCAUGCCAGCUGGCUGAAGCAGAAGGAAUGGCAUGCCAAACUGGGAAGAAUGAAGCCUCCGAACAGAUUUCCAAUUCCCAGUCCAGUCCAUAUGGGAUAAAGGAAUCAGAAUUUUCUCAGCUCUCUGCUCCAGCCCUGGAUGAAGAUACUGCAUGGGAGAAAUAAAUCAGAUGUGUUAUUUUAUGUAAAAUAAGUCAUAUAAACUAAAUGAAUUAAAAGAGUGGGUUUUUUUCCUCCCUUGAAACAAGGCCAGAUUUGCUGCUACAGCCUUUGAAAUGUGUUCUCUUGGUUCCAUCUCAUUUUUGGUUUCAAAAUGAAGCCUUCCUGUCUGUUGGAUGUCUUCCUUUUCUAUUUCUGUAGUGAGUAGGGGAGGGAGAGAUUUGUGCAGAAGCAUUGCUUUGAACCCAUCUAUGCACUGGCUCUGUGCACUAAUGCUUGAAAGACAAGCUCUUCUUUUCUAACUAGAUACUGUAGCUAAAGGCAAAGAUGAAGGAAUAGCUUAAUGAGAUGGGCCACCUGACUGUGGAGCCAGGGAUUGGGUGUCUGAUUCCUACUCUGUUCCCUUUUCAUUAUUCAAAUAUUUGCUAGGCACUGAAUACCUUGCAAGUAUUAUUUCAUAUUCAAAAUCAGUAGAGUUUAAUGAUCAGUAUUAUAUGAUAUUUGACACUGAUAUUUAUUUCAGUACUUCAUGUUUGUCAGUUUGACAGUAUUUGAUAGCAGACAGGAGGAUUUUACUCUAUCAUUAUUUGACAUGCAAUAUUAUUUACUAUACAACUCCACCAAGUCUAUAACAUUUGUAAAAAAAAA